UUGACUAAUGUCAGCGACGGUCACAAUCUGAGAGGAAAUCUAGACACAUUUGUCUGAAAAACAUAAAAUUGAUUGUUCAUGGUCAUGGCGGAAUUUGAUAUUUUUGUGGGCAACAAUACAUACAUAGACCCAGACGUCUAUGAUAUGUGGCUGAGGGGCUGCUCAGUUUCUGAAGCUGCCAAUGUUCUGCAAAAACAGGGAGUCUUGAAGAAGUACAGCGCCACCUUUGAGGAUUUGUUGAGUGAUACACAAGAUAAUUAUCGCCUCUUUACUAGUCUGGAGAAACUGGUGAAGAGCCCUGAUAAACUGCGGGAUCAACACAUAUACCAGAUCAAUGCUGAUACACAGACAAUGCUCAUUGAAAAAUACUACCAGAUUGACGCACCUGUGAUUCGAGAGAUACUGGGAAAGAAACUGAACUCCAGACACCGCAAGGAUCUUGACGAUGUGAGUGAGAAGACGGGAGUGAUGCUGCGGAGUUGUCGGAGACAGUUUGACAACGUGAAGCGUGUGUUCAAGACAGUGGAGGAGAUGAAAGGCUCCCUUGUGGAGAACAUCCAGACCCACUACCUACUGUCUGGGGAACUGGCAAGGAGCUAUGCAGCAAUAGUGUUCAUCACUAACAACAGAUUCGAAACGGGGAAGAAAAAGCUGAUGUAUCUGGAGUUUAAGGACUUCACCCUGUGUGCUAACUACAUGAUAGCCAACUGGUCCUAUAGCUCUAUAGAAUGUACGGAACACGAGGACAUGGAUGUGGACCUGGACAGGGACUUCCUCCUACAGCUGAGGGAACUGAAGGGGCUGAUGGAGAGGGAGUACUGUGAGGAACACAAGGGGUUGCUGCUCCGAUCGAUGAAAGGUAAAGUCUCUGACAGAGCAUACAGCGACAUGGAGGCCAAUUUCAAAAAUUAUUCCAAAAAUAUCCUGAAUAUUGCAUACGGUCUCAACCACAGCCGAGAAUCCAAAGAUAUUUUCCUUGACUUCUAUGAAAAGUUGAUAGAGCCAUGUCUUCAGAACAACUGGUCUCGGUCUGAUGUGGAGGCAUCCCUCACAGCCUACAAGGUGGCAGCUGCAUCCAUGGAAUUUAUACGGGGGUCCCCUCAUCUUCAGCCAGUGUGGGAGAGGUAUAUGAGCACCCUCAGGCAAUGUGUGGUGCAGAUGUACCCAAGAUAACGAAAAAAGCAAGACCGAUCUUUCAUGAUGUGUUUGGUCAGAGUCCAGGCCUAGAGUGACAAUAGCAGAUGUACCUGAGACAGUGACAACAGCAGGAUGGAGCUUCACAAUGUGUUGUCUAGGUUCAGGCCUAGAACCUGAUGUGGCAGAUGUACCUGAGACUGAUAUCGCCAGGACUUUCUACUCACAUCCCUGUGUGGCUACCUGGCACCAGUUACCUGCCCUUAGAUUGAAGAGGACUGUGUGAUAUGUGAUAACUCCUAGCACCAUCUAUCCGCUGUGGACAUCUGUAUUUAUUCUGAGGAGUUAGUGUAAAUAGAUAUUAAUUCAAGAGAUAUCUGUAUGUAUUGAAUACAGGGCUGACAGCUGUUGACAUCCAACUCGAGUGUUUUGUUGAGACAGAAAUACUGAAACACAGUCAAACAUCAUUGUCCCGGAACUUCAUUAGCCCAGUAACUCCAUCUUCCUGGCAAUAUUGAUGAGAAUUUUGUACUACUGGUAUGUCAAAGGAACAUUUCUCCCAUCCAUGAUUCUUUAAUCCAAAUGAUUUUAAUCAUCCAGAUAAACAAGGAUUCAUUGUAAAGAUGAUGGUAAAGGAUCAUCUUAAAUCAGUGUCGGAAUGGUUCCCCAAAGCAUGAAAACAUUUAGGUUGUGUUUGCAAUAUAUUCUGUAGGGAUUCCAGAUAAGGAUUGGUCCCAAGCAACCAAUGCUGGCCAUAAGAGGCGGGGGGCGGUCUUGUAGCCUAGAGAUUAAAGCGUUCACUCGUCACGCUGAAGACUCGGGUUCGAUUCCCGACAUGGGUACAAUGUGUGAAGCCCAUUUCGGGUGUCCCCCGCCGUGAUAUUGCUGGAAUAAUGCUAAAAGCGGCGUUAAACCAUACUCACUCACUCACUCAUAAGAGGUGACUUGAUGGCUCAGGUGGUCAGGCUCAAUGAUUUGGUUGAUUGCGUGCCAUCGUACCCCGGCGGCGUGGACAUAGUUCAUAAUAUCAACCACUGCUUUUUCUAGUCCAAACUCAAUUCAUUACGGCCUGCUGGACAUUGCUGAGUGUGAUGUUAAACAACAGUCUGUGAUAUACACAUCAUAUCAUGCGUAUUGUGAAGUAUACGAACAAAAUAGUACAUGUUAAACUAUCUGCCAUUGAUUGUUCUGAAGUUUGAGCGGGUGUGAGAAGGGUUGUUCCCAUCUUCCCGAGGCAAGGGUAUCCACUAGCCUGUAUCAAAGCCUAAUUUCUAAAAGACUUAGAUAAAAAGGCUAGUGGACGCUCUUGCCUCGUGAAGAAAGGCUGUUCCAUGACUGAGAAACAUGCUCACACUAUCCACCACUGGUUGUCUAACCCAGGAUACUGCAGACAAGCUGUGGUCUCUCGUCAUUCACAGUGGAGAUGGACAUGGCAUCACACUGUCACAAAGACCAGCAGUUGUAUUGUGUGUGAUAUGAUACACAUGUGAAUAACAUGAUGAAAAAUCAAUAAACAGUCACAAACUC